AAAGUGGAACACAUUUGAAUCCAAAUAGUUUUGUUAAAAAUGUUUGUUUUUUACGGAAAAUGAAAAAUUUUGACGAAUACAAUCAGAGCUCCAGUUUUAUAAAACCCGUCCUCUAUAAAAAAAUCUAUGGAAAUAUUUUGGAAAGAGUGACCAAAAAUUUCCGUUAAUCGAUGUAGCAUGUUAAAUAAAUGUUUAGAGGAGUUCUAUUGGCCUAUGUACCUGGUAUGGAUUGUGAGUUUUGUUAUUCCCCCAUGGAUACACCCGCUUGAUGGCUUCUCCAUAUUUAUGUGGCAUAAAAUGUUGAUAUGGUAACAUGGCUUGUUUAUUCCAAUUUGAUUUUAGUACUAAAACAUAUUUCAUACAUUUUGUGGAAUCCAUUGAAAACGGUUGAUUUCGUUGGUAACAUUCGAUCCCCUCUUUACCAAUUCACCCAUGGACAGUGCUAAGGAUAAAAAAUCGCAGAAAAAUAUUAAAAAUGCGACCACAAAAUCUCGUCGCUCAAGGCGCACACAAAAUAAUGCCAAGAAUUGUGGCAGUUGUCCCGACCGUCAAAUGAACAUUAAGCAAGCUGUUUAUGCGCCCGAUUCGGAUUCCACUGAAGUGGAAUCAUCGACCGACGAAGAAGAACGUUGGAAGGAUGUGGCCCGUUCAUCGGAAGUACCAGCCGAUUAUUAUAACAUUCAGAAAUUGGUGAAGUACAUAAAGGCUGGCAAUCAAACGGCCACCAUUGUGUCUUUGUGCUGCCUUCAGGACUAUGACUUGACAACGCAAAUUAAUCAAUUUGCCAUUCAGGACAUUGGCGGUUUGGAUGUAUUGGUGAAUAUAUUGGAGUGUAACGACGACAAGUGCCGUCUGGGUGCCUUGACUGUUUUGGCAGAUAUUUCAUUGAAUAUUGAUAUUCGAAAGACCAUUGUGGACUUGGAUGGCAUUCCACUGAUUAUAGAUAUCUUGAAUUCAUCGUUGAAUAACUUAAAAACAGUGGCGGCGGAGACCUUGGCCAAUGUAGCUAAGGUGCGAUUGGCGAGGAAAUAUGUUCGAGUUUGUGGUGGCAUUCCAAAGUUGGUGGAUUUAUUGGAUAUCAAACUGCAUAUUUUACAGACACCACGCGAAGAGCUUAAUUUUGAAGAACUUGAACUGUUGAAUAUGGCCCGGGCCGGAGCCAGAGCUCUGUGGUCUUUGUCUGAUUCACGACACAACAAGGAGAUAAUGCGCAAAAGUGGAAUAGUCCCUUUAAUGGCUCGUCUACUGAAAUCCUGUCACAUCGAUGUGGUCAUACCCAUUAUGGGAACAAUUCAAAAAUGUGCAUCUCAGCCCAAAUUUCAAUUGGCAAUAAGAACGGAAAACAUGGUAGCGGAUAUUGUCAAUCAUUUAAACUCGGCCAGUUUGGAUUUGAAAAUGGAAGGCAGCACUGCCAUCUAUAAGUGUGCUUUCGAUCAGGCAACUAGAGAUUUGGUAAAAGAAGCUGGCGGCUUGGAACCCUUGGUGGCCAUAGUUAAAGAUAAAACCAUAAGGGAGAACAAACCGCUGCUGAUUGGUGCCACAGGUGCUAUUUGGAUGUGUGCCGUAUCCGAUGCAAAUGUCAUGAAAUUCGAUCAGUUACGUACGGUCAACCAUUUGGUGACAUUGCUCAAUGAUGAAUCUGAUGAGGUGCUGACAAAUGUUGUUGGCGCCAUAGCCGAAUGUGUACGAUUUCAACAUAAUCGAGAUGUCCUAAGGAAUGCCAAUGGCUUACCAUCACUGGUGUCUCUUCUGAAUUCCUCGCAUGCUCCAUUGCUGGAAAAUUUAGCAAAAGCCUUAAAAGAAUGUGCCGAAGAUGCCGAGAGCAUGCGUAUAUUGGAGGACUUGGAUGCUGUUCGUCUUAUUUGGUCACUGCUGAAAAAUACCAAUCCAAGGGUGCAAGCCUAUGCGGCAUAUGCCAUAUGCCCAUGUGUGGAGAAUGCCCGAGAAUCGGGGGAAUUGGUACGAAGUUUGGUGGGAGCUAUGGAGCUGGUGGUGGGUCUUUUGAAAUCGAAAGAUAUUUUAGUAUUGUCGGCCGUGUGUGCUGCCAUUGCCACCAUUGCCAAGGAUAGUACCAACUUGGCCAUAUUAACUGAUUUGAAAGUGAUUUAUAAAUUGGCGGAAUUGGUCAAUACCACCGAGGAUCUGUUGAGGAAAAAUCUGGCUGCGGCUAUUGCAAGCUGUGCAACAUAUGGCAAUAAUACGCAAGAGUUGGGACGUCUUCGUACAGUUACACCAAUUGUUUCCUAUAUGACAAGCGAUGACCCCGAGGUACAUCGCACUACGGCAAUGGCUUUGGAAAAAUUAUCCAUGGAUCCACAAAACUGUAUUACCAUGCAUCAGAGUGGCGUGGUACCCUUUCUAUUGGAAUGUGUGGGUUCCACCAACAAAGAACUGCAAUUGGCAGCUGCUGGCUGUUUGCGAAACAUACGAGAAUUGGCGUUAAGGGCCGAGGAAUAUUUACUUAAAAUCGAUGAUGAUUAAAUUCCAAACC